ACAUCAGCAAGCAAUGGCGACAUUUCAGAAACAAUACAUAUACAGACGGAGCUAGAAAAGGAAUUGGAAUCUAUUGACAUGGUGCAGCACACACCAAUACCAGUAACAGAGCAACGGUUGCAGGAAAUUAAACAGGCAACAGCACAGGAUCCUGACAUGCAACAAUUGAUUGACAUUAUCGUGCAAGGAUGGCCAGAAGCAAAACAUGAAAUAACAAGUCAUAGAGUACGACAAUACUACAAUGUCCGAGAGGACUUAGUUGUGCAAGAUGGAGUGAUUUUUCGUGGACAGAGAAUUGUAAUACCGCAAUCCUAUCAAAGGAGAGUGUUGGAAAGGAUACACAGCUCUCAUAUCGGAAUAAAUGACUGCAUUCGAAGGGCACGAGAAUGCGUCUAUUGGCCGGGUAUGAACAGUGCAGUAAGGGAGUAUGUGGAGAAAUGUUCGAUAUGCCAUUCAUUUGAAAGAUCUCAACAAAAGGAAACACUCCAAAACCAAGAUGUGCCAACCCGACCAUGGGCCAAGGUGGGAGCAGAUCUCUUUACCUUUCAAGAUCGAGAAUACCUUGUCACUGUGGAUUACUAUAGUAACUUCUUUGAGGUUGAUCGAUUGGAAUCAACAACAUCAGAGGAGGUAAUCUAUCAAUUGAAGAGACAUUUUGCUAGACAUGGGAUACCCGAUUUACUAGUAACGGACAAUGGUCCACAAUUUUCAUCAGCUAUGUUUCAGAAAUUCACUAGAACUUGGGACUUUUCUCAUAGAACAAGCAGUCCAGGAUAUCCCAAAUCGAAUGGAAAGGUGGAAAACGCUGUCAAGACUUGCAAACAACUAAUGAAGAAGGCAAGAAAAGCACAAACUGACCUUUGGUUAGCAGUACUAGACUAUCGCAACACACCAACGCAAGGUAUGUCUACAAGUCCAGCUCAACGAUUAAUGAAUAGAAGAACAAAGACUUUGCUACCGACAGCAAGAGCCCUGCUGAAGCCUAAGGUUACAGAAGAAUAUAAGGCAAUAAAACAAGCAAAGGAAAGACAAAAGAGCUAUUACGACCGAACAGCAAAAGAUCUACCUGUACUGAAAGAAAGCCAAAGAGUCAGAAUCCAGCCUUUUACUAAGUCAAAGACAUGUCAAGAAGCCACUGUAACAAAGCAAUUGUCAGACAGGUCAUAUGAAGUACAGACACCGGAUGGAACAACGUACAGAAGAAACCGAGUACAUUUGAAAGCAACUAAAGAAACAGAAGUGAAGCCUAUAGCACCUGAGAGGAAUUCCAAAGAUAAAACAACAAAUACAACAGACAAAAGGAAACCAAGGACAGCACCAACAAAAACAGCAGCUGCAGAAGACAAACAGAAAACACAACAAACCAAGAGCGGCAGAACUAUCAAAAGGCCUAGUUAUUUAAAAGACUACACCACAUAACUGUUUUGUUUUGUUUACACAUAGAUGGGUUUUCUUAUAAUUGGAAACUAUAAAGAAAGAGGGAUGUAAGGAGU